GUAGUUGCAUCAGGAAAUCUUUUAAAACCUUGGCGUCGGAAUCCUGAUCGUGCAUGUACAGAGGUGACGAACAGUUGAACAUGGGUAGCGCCGGAGGCAAGAAAAGGUUGUACGAUCCAGCGGAGGAGGCGUGUCCGACGAGGGCCGGCGUGCCGCGGAGGGAGGAGGAGGAGCGGUUUGGUAGGACUGGCGCGGUGCUCGUCGUCUGCCUGAUGACGCUGCCGUUCUUCGUGUUCUUCUUCGGCGGGCGGGAGAACGCGGCAGCGGUGUGGCAGAGCGCUGCCUCCAAGCUGGCCGCGAUGAAUGGAGGGUUUACGAACGCCUCUCAUGCCCGCAGCAGAGGUGCAGCCACCAAGGCCGACGAGCUCUUCGGCGGCCUGCUCGCGCCCGGCUUGGACCGCCGCGCAUGCCUGAGCCGGUACCAAUCCCCGCAGUACUACAGGCACUCCCCUUACGCGCCGUCCUCGCGCCUCCUGCACAAACUGCGCGCCUACGAGGCGCGGCACAAGAAGUGCGGCCCCGGCACGCCACUCUACGCCAAGUCCAUCGAGCAGCUCCGGUCCGGCCACGGCACGGAGGUGAUGGAGUGCAACUACCUCGUCUGGCUCCCCUACAACGGCAUCGGCAACCGCAUGCUAUCGCUGCUCAGCACCUUUCUCUACGCGCUCCUAACCGGCCGUGUCCUCCUCGUUUACUCCACCGACGACUUCACCGACCUCUUCUGCGAGCCGUUCCCGGACGCGACGUGGGUGCUUCCGCCGGACUUUCCCGUCGCCAACCUGUCCCAGCUCGGGUGGAGCACCGACCAGUCGUACAAGAACCUCCUCGGCCAGAAGAAGAUUGUGAGCGACCCUGAGAAGGCGACUGUGCUGACGGUGCCACCGUACGUGUACGUGAACCUGGCGCACGACCCCAGGUUCACGGACACGAUGUUCUACUGCAACGACGACCAGCUCGUGCUCGCGAAGGUGAACUGGCUGCUGCUGUAUAGCGACCUCUACUUCGUGCCGUCGCUGUACUCGAUAACAGAGUUCCAGGACGAGCUCCAAUGGUUGUUCCCGGCCAAGGAGAGUGUGUCCCAUCUUCUUACCCGGUACUUGUUUCACCCUACGAACUCCGUGUGGGGCUUGGUCACGAGGUACUACCACACGUACCUGGCUCAAGCAGAGGAGAGGAUCGGCAUGCAGAUCAGGAUGUUCUCUUGGGCAUCCAUCCCGGUCGACGACAUGUACAACCAAAUCCUCGCGUGCUCCCGUCGGGAGCACAUACUGCCGGACAUCGAUGGCGACGAGGCGGGGGACACCGCCAGCCUCGCCAAGACGAACGGUGUGGACGCGGCCGCCGGUUUGAAGGCCGUCUUGAUCGCGUCGCUGCACGCCGACUACUACGAUCGGAUCAGGUCAGCAUACUACGAGCACGCGGCAAAGGGCGGCGUCAGGGUCGGCGUUUUCCAGCCGAGCCACGAGGAGAGGCAGAAGACGGGGAAGCGGACGCACAACCAGAAGGCGCUCGCGGAGAUCUACCUGCUCAGCUUCUCCGACGUACUGCUCACGACCGGGAGGUCCACGUUUGGGUACGUGAGCAGCAGCCUCGCGGGCCUGCGGCCGGCGAUACUUCACACGCCGUAUAACCAUAAGGUUCCCGAGAUGCCGUGCGUGCGAGCCAUUUCCAUGGAGCCCUGCUUGCACGCACUCCCCCGCGUGAAUUGCCAGCGGAAGGCCGCGAACAAGAUGGACCUUGCCCGGCACGUUAAGGCCUGCGAGGAUGUAGGCGGAGGGGUUAAGAUGUUUGAUUAGGCACGAUUUUUUUUUCUUUCGGAAAAGCUAUAAUUGACUCGAGCAUUUUGAAGCCUCCUCUCACCAGAUUUUCUGGCCGACGG